AAGCCGUGAUGAGGGGAGCCAGGCUGCUUGCUCUGUUACCCUGGCAACGGUUUCAGGGGCAAAUGUCCGCCUAGCGAUUUGUUGGUCUGCGCUGGGCCUGGAGUACAACUUGCCAGUUCGUAAAACCUUCCCGCCCUGAUGACCCGAUAGAAAGCAGUUUCCCAUCUGUCCAAGAUGUUUCACGGAACAGUCACAGAAGAACUUACCAGUCAUGAAGAAUGGAGUCAUUAUAAUGAUAACAUAAUAGAAGACCAAAAAGAUUUUGUUUUUGUAAAGUUCAAUGGCCUUCAUUUAAAAUCUAUGGAAAACUUACAAUCUUGUAUCUCUCUUAAAGUAUGUAUUUUCUCAAACAAUUUUAUUACAGAUAUUAAUCCACUUCAAAGUUGUACAAAACUGAUCAAACUUGAUCUUCAUGGAAAUCAGAUAAAGAUUUUACCAGAUGCCAAGUUUUGGAGUGGAAUGAAAAGUCUAAAACUCCUGUAUCUUCAUGACAAUGGUUUUACAAAGUUAAAGAAUGCAUGCGAAUUAUCUGCCUGUUCAAGCCUCGUUGCGCUCACUAUGUUUGAUUGUCCAGUAAGUCUUAAAAAAGGAUAUAGACACGUUCUUGUUAAUAGUAUAUGGUCUCUCAAAGCAUUGGAUCACUAUUUGAUUUCUGAUGAAGAAAUAAUUCAGAAUUGGCAUCUUCCUGAACGCUUCAAGACAUUCAGCCACCAACUUUACUUUAAUUUCUGCCCUCCCUUGAAAAAGGGAACAACCUAUGAGGAAGAAAUCAAUAAUAUUAAAUAUACCAUCUCAAAAAUUAAUAAAAUUCUGGCUCACACAUCACCAGUUUUGAUUGUUCAAAGAUGGAUACGUGGUUUCUUAGUAAGAAAAUCUUUGAGCCACUUGUUUUUGCAUAAAAGACAUCAUCCAAAAAUUACUAAAGAACAUGAGGCAAAAUGGAUUUAUAUAACUGAAGUACAUGAUGAUAAACUCUAUAGAGAUGUUGUUUACCAAACUGAAGCUGAUAUAAAAGGAAGCCUAGAUCAUUGGAAAUAUAAUAUGGAUUCUUCUAUAUUUUCAAAAUGGUCUAGUGAACACAGAGAACUUGUUUUCCCAUUUUUGUAUGGAUUAAAAAAAGAUAUUGCCUUGAAAUCAAAAAAGCCAAGACAUCUCAUUCAAAGAGUUCAAAAGGAGCCUGAAGAUGAAACUGAUGAAGAAUUUGAACCUAACUUUAGAGUAUCAGUGUUGAAAGUACCCAUCCACAGAUCAGAUUCACUAAAAUGUGCUGUGCUAUUGAAAGAGAUGAAACAGUUUUCAUUUCCUGCAUAUGUCAAACCAUUUUCCACCACCUAUCCAAAACCAGUGAUUAGAAAAGAAACAGUGUUAGAGAAAAAUUUAAGGAAAGAAUUUUUUGAAACAUGUGGAUUUAGUAUAAAUCACAAAGCAGUAAAUGACAUUGAUAAAUAUUUUACCAAUCAGAAAAAGCAAGAACAUCACCAAGAAAAAGCAGCAGCUGUAGCCAUGGCAAAAGCUUCCCAAAAAAGGGUUGUGUUAGCUGUUCGGGAAAACCGAAAUAAAAAAAAUUACGCCACAAAAAAACUACGAGAAAAAGACAAGGAGAUGCUUCAGAUUGGUUUACAACAGCAUUGUCAGUCCAGAUUCAACUACAUUGCAAAUGUUAGGGGGAGAAGAAGUCUGUUUCUAGAAGAAAAACAAAGGAAGGCUGCAGAACGUUUAUUAGUUCAGAAUUUAAAUAAUGAGCGCAAUCUUUUGAUCAAGGGAUUAAUUAAAGUUGACAGGAUCAAGAAGAUUGAGGCUAUGCAAAGAGAAAAACGCCUGAUUUCUAUGAGGAAACUGCAAGAAGAAAAACUCCAAAGGGAUCUACGUAAGCGAGUAAAGGAAUUUAGGUCUGAAGAAAUACAUAAAAGACAUUGUGAAGAAAAGUUUGUUCUUGACAUGAUAUCAUUUCAGAAAGCCUGUGAAAGAUUACAGGAUGCUAAAACAAAAGUUGCAAUUGUGAAAACAAAUAUAGGAUUUCCUCAUGAAACAACAACGUGA